AUGACUGAACACAGGAUAGCAACCAUUGAUCAGUUGCACAAAGAAAAGGGCUUUGAAGCUGAGAUCAACGGGCGAGAGAUAGUAUUGUGGAAAGUAAAGAAUAAGGUGUACUGUAUCGACAACAAGUGCUGGCAUGCUUCGUCUCCUUUGCACUAUGGAGAUAUUGAGGAGUACGAUGGACGAACCUGUAUAGUAUGCCCGAUGCAUAAGUAUAUUAUUGACUUGGCUACCGGAGAAGACAUUCUAGUGAUGGAAAGGAAAGGGCUGGCAAAGAUAUUCAAUAAGAAACCACUCCUCGAUAUCGGG